GCCGCGCGGGUUCUGUCGCGACAGAAUCGCGAUCGCGGCCGGCGCGGCCAUGUCGGACACCUGGAGCUCCAUCCAGGCCCACAAGAAGCAGCUGGACUCGCUCCGGGAGCGGCUGAGGCGCCGCAGGAAGCAGGACCCGCUCGGGGGCGGCGACCCUCGCCAUGAGCUGUCCCUGGCCACGCCCCCCCGCACCGGCAGCCCCGCCCCCUCCGGCCCCGCCCCUCCAGGCCCCGCCCCUGGGGGCGUGGCCUCGCUCGGCCCCGCCCCCUGCGGAGACCCCGCCCCCAGCGGGGCCGGCCCGGGGGAACAACCGGAACCGGAACCGGACCCGGCCCUGGAGCGGCGCCUCCUGCUGCACCUGUCGGACCUGGCGCUGCCGCUGCCCACCCACGCCGGAGCCAUCUGCAGGUGUGUCCCCUCCCCGCAGGGUGACGCGGCGGUGUCGCUGCGCGCGGUCGAGAGCCUGCUGCACAAGUUUGCGGCGCAGGAGCUGAUCGAGGUGCGCCGGGGGCUGCUGCAGGACGGCCCCACCCUGGUCACCUGCGCCGACCACGCCAAGCUCUCCGCCAUGACCGGCCUGGUGGCCGCCGAGAAGCGCCGGGUGAGCCAGGAGAUCCUGGAGCUGCUCAACACCACCACGGCCAAGGAGCAGUCGAUCGUGGAGAAGUUCCGGUCGCGCGGGCGCGCGCAGGUGCAGGAGUUCUGCGACCACGGCACCAAGGAGGAGUGCGUCAAGGCCUCGGGCGCCGAGCGGCCCUGCCGCCGCCUGCACUUCCGCCGCAUCAUCAACAAGCACACGGACGAGUCUCUGGGCGACUGUUCCUUCCUCAACACCUGUUUCCACAUGGACACCUGUAAAUACGUGCACUACGAGAUCGACGCCUGCGCGGCCACGCCCCCGCGCAGCCCCGCCCGCGCGCGGCCCCGCCCCCGCUCCCCUCCCCCGCCCGAGCUGCCGCGGGCCCCGCCCCCCGACGCCGGCGCCGACCGCCUGUUCCCGCCGCAGUGGAUCUGCUGCGACAUUCGCUACCUGGACGUGUCCAUCCUGGGCAAGUUCGCCGUGGUGAUGGCGGAUCCGCCCUGGGACAUCCACAUGGAGCUGCCCUACGGAACGCUGACCGACGACGAGAUGCGGCGCCUCAACAUCCCCGUGCUGCAGGACGAGGGCUUCCUCUUCCUCUGGGUCACCGGCAGGGCCAUGGAGCUGGGCCGUGAGUGCCUCAAUCUCUGGGGGUACGAGCGCGUGGACGAGAUCAUCUGGGUGAAGACGAAUCAGCUGCAGCGAAUCAUCCGCACCGGCCGCACCGGCCACUGGCUCAACCACGGCAAGGAGCACUGCCUGGUGGGGGUGAAGGGGAAUCCCCAGGGCUUCAACCGGGGCCUGGAUUGUGACGUCAUCGUGGCCGAGGUGCGCUCGACCAGCCACAAACCCGACGAGAUCUACGGGAUGAUCGAGCGGCUCUCGCCGGGAACGCGGAAAAUCGAACUCUUCGGCCGCCCCCACAACGUCCAGCCCAACUGGUUUAAGUGA